CGUUUAAGGCGUGGCAUCGGCUCCGGGCGCUUGAAGGAGACUUGGGGACGGCUUGUUCACAUAAGUGGUUGGAGUCGUCCCUGCAGCUGCUUGCUCUCCAUGAGGAAGAUGCUCGCGGCUGUCUCCCGCGUGUUGGCUGGCGCUGCCCAGAAGCCGGCAAGCAGAGUGCUAGUGGCAUCCCGUAAUUUUGCAAAUGAUGCUACAUUUGAAAUUAAGAAAUGUGACCUUCACCGGCUGGAAGAGGGCCCUCCUGUCACAACAGUGCUCACCAGGGAGGAUGGGCUCAAAUACUACAGGAUGAUGCAGACUGUGCGCCGAAUGGAGUUAAAGGCCGAUCAACUUUAUAAACAGAAAAUUAUUCGUGGUUUCUGUCACUUGUGUGAUGGUCAGGAAGCCUGCUGUGUGGGCCUGGAGGCUGGCAUAAACCCCACGGACCACCUCAUCACGGCCUACCGGGCUCAUGGUUUCACCUUCACUCGUGGUCUUUCUGUCCGAGAAAUUCUUGCAGAGCUAACAGGACGAAGAGGAGGCUGUGCUAAAGGGAAAGGAGGAUCGAUGCACAUGUAUGCCAAGAACUUCUAUGGGGGCAAUGGCAUUGUUGGAGCUCAGGUGCCCCUGGGAGCUGGGAUUGCCCUGGCCUGCAAGUACAAUGGAAAAGACGAGGUCUGUUUGACUUUAUAUGGUGAUGGUGCUGCUAAUCAGGGUCAGAUAUUUGAAGCUUACAAUAUGGCAGCAUUGUGGAAAUUACCUUGUAUUUUCAUCUGUGAGAAUAACCGCUAUGGAAUGGGUACAUCUGUUGAGAGAGCAGCAGCCAGCACUGAUUACUACAAAAGAGGCGAUUUUAUUCCUGGGCUGAGGGUGGAUGGAAUGGAUAUCCUGUGUGUCCGAGAGGCAACAAGGUUUGCAGCUGCCUAUUGUAGAUCUGGGAAGGGACCCAUCCUGAUGGAGCUGCAGACUUACCGUUAUCAUGGACACAGUAUGAGUGACCCUGGAGUCAGUUACCGCACACGAGAAGAAAUUCAGGAAGUAAGAAGUAAGAGUGACCCUAUAAUGCUUCUUAAGGAUAGAAUGGUGAACAGCAAUCUUGCCAGUGUUGAAGAAUUAAAGGAAAUUGAUGUUGAAGUAAGGAAAGAAAUUGAAGAUGCUGCCCAGUUUGCCACAGCUGAUCCCGAACCACCUUUGGAAGAAUUAGGCUACCACAUCUACAGCAGUGAUCCACCCUUUGAAGUGCGUGGUGCCAACCAGUGGAUCAAGUUUAAAUCAGUCAGUUAAUGGGAGAUGUGUGUAAUGAUGGGCUGUUCAUCAGCAACUAUAAGGAACAGUGUUGUCAACUUUGAGGAAAUGAUAUCCAGAAAAACAGAAGUCUUAGAAAAUAAAUAGCAUGUAAAUUAAACUGAGGGAGAGUAAGCGCAUGCAGUUUGUACAUUGUUGCAUUAGAAGAUGUUGCGUGCCUAAGUAUUUUGUGCGAUUAUUAUAUUGUAUUACCUAUUUUAGACCUUUGUAAAUCUAAUAUAGAGUUUAGCCUUCCCAAAUAAUUGUUUGGUUACUAGAAGAACACUUCUUGUGUACCUGUUCUGGCUGUGCCCUGAGAAGACACAUUCUGGUACGGUUCGGCUAAAGCCUGUUCACACUGACCAUCAUUUCGUCAUUUUUUAUUAUAACCAGGCAACAGGUAAAAGGCAAACAACUAGUUUUCUCCAUUUACACAUCAAUGGCUACAAUCUUAUCAAAUUUAGGUUCUAUACUAGUUAACAAUGCAUACCCUACAACAGCAAUUUCCAGCCUAUAUCAUUUUAAACAACCACUGUAUUUAAAAUAUCAGGGUAUGCUGAUUUUUUUUCUGAGAUUUUCCUAAUACUCUAGUUUAUCAAAACUAAAGCUCACUAUUCACAUUACAUACAGUUCUAUAAUCUUUAAAACAUUUAUAAAUAAUAGGUUUUAAAAAAAAAGAAAAGGACAAACUUUACCAGAUUCUUGGAUUAAUUGAACACAGAUCUUUUUCUUGUGUAAACUGAGCAGAAUUUCUUUGUACAUGAACAGAAGCAGCUUUAAUCACAAGCAGGAGGGUAUGUGCUCGCUCUGUCCUCCAGCUUAGCUGAGUGUGAUUAAGUCUAGUCCUCGGUCACUGAGGACUCCUGAGCCUGCCUUCUGUACUGGGAGACCGCGUGCCACAGCCGACAGAGGACACCACCACUGUGGAACAAAGGAGUUAUCAUAAGAAAAGCAAAGUUCCAACUAACAACUAAGUUCCAACUAAGGCAUACUUGUGGCAAAAGAUAUAAUUCUAGAUUUUUUUUUAAUUGGCCAUCUAAAAAAUGCAGUCCCAUUUUAACUUAGAUACUGAACGAAACCAAAAAUGUAUUUUCUUCCUGUGUGACCGUAAUACCCUUGUGCUCCAGCAGUGGUAGGACAUGGUGUUAGAAGCUUGCACAGGAGCACUAAUGGAUUGGUAUAGGACUGGCUAUUUAAAAUGACACAGGAACAAGAGCAUAGUUAUAGUUUAAAGGAGGGAGAGGUUGGGUCUAGCACAUUGGUACCUCAUGCCUUGCCUUCUGCCACACCUUGGCAUUCUCCCCAGCCUGAACCUGGCAAAACUCCAGAUCUGGGAGGGAGACGGGGUAGUAUGUUUUCAAAGACAUAGGAAAGGGAAUGAAUUUCAAGGAGGGAAAAGUUACCAGCACUGUUUCCUGCUUUAAUGUAUUCACCCAGAAAAAGUUCUAUUACACAAACUGUUUUGAAGCUCUUACCGUAGUCUAAGGCAUCUUAAGUCUUCCUUAGUGAUAUCAUUAAGAAUAUCAGAAAGUGUAUAAUUCUCUUCAACAAUCUGAAACAAAGAUCAAAUACAUACGAGAUAAGCAGCUUUUAACAAUAUCAUAGGAAUAGUUUUUGGUUAUAAGUUUACCUUUUCAAUUGUAUUUGCAUCUGUUCCUUGCAGUUGUAGCCAGUCUAUAAGCUCUUUAUCUGUUCCCUGCCUAGGAGGGGGUGCUAGGUUCUUUGUCAUACCUGUAACAAUUAGAAAUUUGUUUCAUUGUGUAUUAAUUGUAACCAUAAAACUCUUCAACAGUAAAUAUCCGUGACAUAAAAUGUUAUAUGAAAAGGAGAUGUAUUAAACCUGUGUCAUUCAUCUGCUCUAACGUCUUACACAAUUCCUAGUUCUCAGACUGUCUUUCCAGAGAGAAUUACCCUUAACCUCAGCACCUUAAUUUUGUAAUUUGAUGUCAUCUGUCUCACUUUAAAUGCUUAUUUCCCUGUGUUUAAAAAAAUCCCUUUUCUUCGGGUGCACAUCCCUAACUGCACUGAAAAAUCAAAUGAAGCAGGUUGUAGUAUUGAAAUUUUACAGCAGAUUAUGUAGUCCAUAUCCUAAGAGGUAGCUGUAGCCCAUAAAAGGAGAAAGUCAGGUUUACUGAGGUAUAAUUUUGGCAGUAAACCGCCUCUUUUACUUUUACUUCUGACAAACUCAGUCAUGUUACUACUACAAUUGAGAUACAGAUAUUUCCAUUAACCCACAAGGUUCUUAUGUGUUCUCUUAUAAUCUGUCCCCUCUCCUACCCAUUCUGAUUUGUUUUCUGUCCCUGCAACUUUCUCUUUUCCAGAGAACGCUGUGAUUGGAAUCAUAGUGUAUAGCCUUUUGAAUCUGGUUCUUUCACUUAGCAUACUGUUUGCUAUUUCCAUGUUGUUGAAUGUAUCAGCAGUUCCCUUUUUUAAUCAUUGAGUAGUCCAGAAUCUGCUAGAGUCCUGGUUUAACAGAAGAUAAUCUCAAUUUUUUUCAAGGCUGUUUUAACAUUAGGCAGAUUUUUAGUUUGUCUCUGACACACCUAACAGAGUACCUGAACGAUGACUCACCAUUAUAAUUGAAUUGUAAUUGAAGGUGAUAUAAUUCUUGAGUUUUCUGUUCUAGCGUUAGCCGUAGAAGAUUCUGGUACUCUCUCUCUUUUUCAACUAGGUGUUCCAAAAGUCUGGUUUAAAAAAAAAAAAAAAAAAGCCACCAUUAGCCCAACACCAUCCAAUUCCAGUUUGAACAGCUGUUGAACAUUAAGAGAUUGUGUUGGGAUUGUGCCUUUAAAUUUUUUUUUUCAGUCAGCCCAGAAGGAAGCAGAUUUGUUUCUUCUCCAGAGUUCUGUGAAUAGGUUUUGCGUGAAUCAGGUUUCAGCUUAUGCAGGGGAAACUUCCUUUUUUCUUUCACUUGACAUUAAAGAUCAGUACUUGGAAUGUGGGCA